CGCGGAACUCUUCUUCUUUUCUUCUCUUCUUCAACACGCCCGGGUGGCCUUAUCGACGUUGAUCGCCUAUUAUGCCUCCGUUAUCGGGUGAAGAGCGUAUACUAACCGUCUUUGCGGAUAUCCAUUAUUACUUUGCAGCGCCAUGCCCGAAGCCCCUCCAUCACCGGUUUGAUAAGGGCUGCUAUCUAUACCUUUAUCUCAACAGCGCUCUGCAGAAGGUUAGAAUAGAGGUCGCGAACAACCCAGGAACUCCGGAGCAGGAUGCCUUCAAUGGCGCUCUGGAUAACAUCCAUCUCCGACAUUCGACUAAAUUCCCGACUCUCUGCACUGUGACCGUGGACGGACAGGUGCCGAGUCCACCCCCAGGCCAACCGGCGUUUCCACCGCCCCCAGGCGCCAUUUCAAGCGAAUGGCAACUGCCUGGUAACGACUCGCCAGCCCUGUUCCGCCUGCACACCCUAGAUAUUUAUUUUUGGACGACGGAGGACGUCAAUCAGUUCCUAGAUCUGAUCGAGCGGCACCUCUCGCAGUCGCAGAUCGAGACAGACCGACACCCCUUCCCACCUCCGCCCCAGAGCACCGUCAGUUCUGUUGUACAGCAACUGGAAAAUGUAGCGAUCACCGAUCCUGGCUAUCAGAAUGGACAGACUCGCAAUUCUCAAGCCGAGGUCGUGUCUAACCCCGUGCCUAGCUACCAAGCCAUCACACCACCAAGCAACCUCCCUCCUCCCCCUCCACUGGGCGGCUUAGCUACGACUGCCCAGCCAGUCAUGCCUGGAAUUCAGACCGUAGCCAGCGAACAACAGGAUAAUGCUCCGCCGGAACCAACUCCCGCCCCUCUACCUUACAAUCCCGCUGCACCCCCGGCACCAGAGCCAAUUAGACACCGAGAGAAGACCCCUCCCCCAGACGACGCAGAGACAGGGACCGGCCUUGCUGCAGCUGCAGCUGUCGACAAUGGUCUUGCUUAUCCUCAAUCUUCCCAAAUGCCCCAGGGGUUAGCAGCUACAGCAACAGCACCAUCAGCAACAAGAGGUCUAUCUGCCCCUCCACCUCCACCAGGGCCGGCCCCUCCCUACAGCAUGCCUGGAAACUACGUGCCUCCUGGACCCCCGAGUGCUGGCCUCUCCUCGUUCCCAACCUCCCUACCUAGCCCAGGUCUACCCUCCUAUUCUGCCUCGUUCCUAUCAGGCGAGAGCCUCAGCCAUCCCAUGGGGACAAACCAGUCACUACCAGGGCCACCACAGCAGCAGCAGCAGCAGCAGCAGCCGCAACAACAGAUGUCCUUCGCCCCUCCUCCCACUGAUCCUAAUGCGCACCUCUAUGGCGGAGCAGGAGCAGGAGCAGGGCCGACUCCCGGCAUAUACAGAACGUCAACCGACUCAUCAUCGACAUCUACCCCACCGAUGCAGCUCUCGCUAGGUGGUUACUCGAACUACUCGUACGAGCAGCCGGGGCCGAAGCGCAGCGCCACGGUAUCAGGGAACGAGUAUAACGUUCAUAACCAACUGUAUCAGCCGACGGCACAGGAGUCGAUCUCACCGCAUCAGAAGUAUGCCAAAGAGGCGAUGGUGAAGCCGGGGGAUCCGCAUCGGCCGCAGUAUUUUGUGAAGAGUGCGUAUAAAGUGGAGCAUGGGGUGAAUCGGUUUUUGAAGAAGUUGGAGAAGAGGCUGUAGCCACCCCCUGGAACGAACUUGAGAUUCUAAUUCUUGUGAUAUUAUGGUUAAGGGUCUGUUCAUGCCGGAGUUUAGCAUGCUUCUACAUAGUAUAUGAUCGGUUUACACGUUCCAAUCUAACAGCGAUUCAUUCCAUUCCAUAUAUGUUCACUUCAUCUAUUUAUAUCCUCAAUCAAUGCAUACCACAACAUACAAUAACUUAACAAAGAGGAGAUUGUCAUUGCCCAUAACCUUACUACCUUUAACUUCACAUCCACUCCCAUAAUCCUAACAUAAUACAACAAUUAAUCCCUAACAAACGGAUCCACAUCCCCCUCCCUCCAUCUCCUAAACUCCAACACCCUCUCCACCC